AUCUGCCCAUCUUUCACUUGCCCGUAAGACGACCCUUUCACCAACCUAAGUCCAUAUUUCCCACACGCGUUCGCGAUUUUCUUUGCGCCGCUCUACUACCCCGUACUCAUGCGCGCCCUUGCACGCUUCAACUACAGCUGCCUUGUCUGUUCUCUCCGUCUUUCUCUUUCCACGAGCUCCCAGCUCCUGACAGCUCCACAAUGCCAUUUCAUAGGGUCAAGUCGCGCGUUCGAUACCAAGGCCCUGGGAAGAAGGCCAAGCAGGGAAACCUCGGAAAGACGCAUUUUAAGCCCACACGCACUAUCUUUGAUGGCGCAACGCGAUCACCAUUGUUCAAUGACAUGGUUGACGAGACAACAUUUGAAAAGAAGCGCGUUCCCUUGACCGAUGAGCUUGGUGACUUGCUGCGCAGCAAUCUCAGUACUUCGAUUGCAGCAGAUGAGGCUCAUAUCGAACAGCAGAGUGCACAGUACUCACCGCCGUCGCCAGAUUGUCAGCAUAUCGAGCAAUUGCAGGACGAUGACGAUACUCCUCCGGCGUCGCCCCUCGAGCUUGCGCCCUUGGAAUAUGCAGCUCGCGAUCACCCUAGGGCUACUGAACGAGUCGCUGUUGUGAACAAAGUGAAUAAUGCUGGCGAUAGGCCCUCAGCAUCUUUGCUGGCGACGACAGCAAUAUACACACCGCUCAACGACCGCAGUGAGCAAGAGGCACUAGCUCAAACGUCAUCAACAAUAAAUGGACACACUCAAGCACUUUUUAAUGUUCAUGCUGAAGGAGCGGACUUGUCUCAAGACGAUAUAACACCUGCUGCCGAGUUUUGCGCUAUUGAGGAUAAUGACGAGGAUGAUACAAUAUGGCUGCAAUCGUCAAUAGUACCAAUACCGAUUCAGAAGCAUCAGCUGACCUUUAUGAAACGAGUGGUUACUCUCUUUGCAGGCCGCCGUCAGUUGCGAGCUACGAAAGAGGUUCCGCAUGAGCAGGCUGAACAGUCGACGACACCUUUGAGGAAGUUCUUUCCACUCUCUGUUGGGUCUCCAUGCUGCUCAGUAUACUCUGGCGAUGGAGCGACUUCUCCCUCACCUUCUUCACGCCCGCCGCCACCGCGACGAGGGCUACCGCACUUCGCCAGGACUAACGCUCACAAGAACCCCCCACUCUCCCUCCCGAUUGUCGUUCUCGAGGGACAGCGUCCAUAUCGGCCUUUCGAAGAGCGUUUCGACCAGCCAGUCAUUCAGCCCGCAAAAGACCAUAGGCUCUUCGGCACCUACUACGUUGCACCCGAUAUCUUCACCCCCGGAGAAGUACAAGUAGAUUUUCCCGGCUCCUCCACCACCUUACCUUCGUACAUCACUCACAAUAACGCCCGCUUCCUCGACCGCACCAACACAGUUUGGGGAAAGUGGUACGCCAAACACCCCAACCCUGAGGAUAUGCCCUUCGCCACAGCCUACAAAAGUGCAGAGGAGGUCACGGACCAGGAGGUCUGGGAUAUGCAUGCAGCUGCGCACGCGAAGUUCAGAAAGACACCGCCGCCGCCAACGUCAGAAUCGGAGGCGGCAAGAAGGCUGGAUGAAGAAGAGUAUGAGCGCGCUGAGCGAUUGCGAUAUCGUACCGGACACUGCUUUGAUGCGCUGACAGGGUACUGCUAUCCAUUUCAGGGCGGUCUAAUCAUCUAGCGUGGCAUGCCUGGCAUGGCGCACGGAAUAAUAUGUGAUGGGGCUCUCGCGUUGAGCAGUGAGGAUGUCUGUUCGGUGCAGCACUUACUGUGGAGUGACAG